UUACAACAGAGACGAACCAUCUUGUUAGUGUGAACAGAAGCGGCUAAGCUAGCCAUGAGCUAACUGUCCGGUCCUAUACCUAAGUGACAUUUCACAUUUGAAGUCUACGUUGAGCAUCUACAGGGUCUUUUAGAAGGUGCACAUCAUGGGUGAACCACAGCAGGUCAGCGCUCUGCCUCCUCCGCCUAUGCAGUACAUUAAGGAGUACACAGAUGAAAAUAUCCGCAAGGGUCUGGCUCCCAAGCCGCCUCCACCUAUCAGAGACAGUUAUAUGAUGUUUGGCAACCAGUUCCAAUGCGAUGACCUUAUCAUCCGGCCUCUGGAGAGCCAGGGAAUUGAGAGACUCCAUCCUAUGCAGUUUGACCACAAACGGGAGCUCAAGAAACUCAACAUGUCCAUUCUUGUGAACUUUCUGGACCUGCUGGACAUCCUUAUCAAAAGUCCUGGCAGUAUAAAGCGUGAAGAGAAGCUGGAGGACAUAAAGCUUUUGUUUGUUCAUAUGCACCAUCUGAUCAAUGAGUACAGGCCUCACCAAGCCAGGGAGACACUGAGGGUGAUGAUGGAGGUGCAGAAGAGACAGAGGCUAGAGACGGCAGAGAGGUUCCAGAAACAUCUGGAGAGGGUGGUGGAGAUGAUCCAGGGGUGCCUCGCCUCACUACCUGAUGACUUACCUCAGAUUGAGGGUUCAGAAGGCGCUGGUGACGGGACAAAGAGUGUGUCUGCAGCAGUUAGUGUUGGUGGUUCCUCUGGGCAGGCCCCCAGGCUAAAAACAGAACCUAUGGAUGUAGAGGAAGCAGGUGGCAGCUGCAUGGCAGCAGGUCACCAGGACAGGAACAUCCCUACAUCAAAGAGGGACAAAAUAUGGGACCAGGAUGCUGCCAUGUGCAGUAUUAUUGAUGAAAUAGCCUAGGUGUAAUUCUGGGUAGUUGUUCAUGUUUUCUACACAUACAUGUUGUUUUUGUGCUGUACUUGGUGUAAAUAUGAAUAUGUUUUUCUGGUUUUACUGGGCCUGAAAUCCUGCUUGGUGUUGAAUGGUGCUUUGUUUUGAAGCUAUGAUAUAGGCACUCUUUCCAGGUCCUGCACAGAUAUUCAAGAAAUUGAGGUAUUUCACAAAUCCAUUGGGCUGCCAAUUUUCAAUUUUUUGCAAUAAAACCAUCCAUCCAUCCAUUA